AUGGAGUACCGAAUGGAAUCUUGCUUGGCACAGGUGUUGCAGAAAGAUGUGGGGAAGCGACUACAAGUUGGCCAAGAACUAAUAGACUAUUUCUCAGACAAGCAGAAGUCUGCUGAUCUGGAGCAUGAUCAGACCAUGUUAGAUAAGCUUGUGGAUGGACUUGCCACUUCUUGGGUAAACUCUAGUAAUUAUAAGGUCGCUCUUCUGGGGAUGGAUAUCUUGUCAGCGCUGGUAUCUCGGCUACAGGAUCGGUUUAAAGCACAAAUUGGCACUGUGCUACCCAGUCUAAUUGACAGGUUGGGUGAUGCUAAAGAUUCAGUGAGAGAGCAAGACCAGACUCUGCUGCUGAAGAUGAUGGAACAAGCUGCUAGCCCCCAGUAUGUGUGGGACAGAAUGUUAGGAGGGUUCAAACACAAGAAUUUCCGCACGAGGGAAGGUGUUUGUCUCUGCCUUAUUGCAACACUGAAUGCCUCUGGAGCCCACACUUUAACGCUAAGUAAGAUUGUGCCACAUAUAUGUAAUUUACUUGGAGAUCCAAAUGGCCAGGUUCGAGACUCAGCAAUAAACAGCUUAGUGGAAAUUUACAGACAUGUAGGAGAACGUGUGAGGGCAGAUCUCAGUAAAAAAGGAUUACCACAGUCUCGGUUAAAUGUAAUUUUUACAAAAUUUGAUGACGUUCAAAGAUCUGGUAACAUGAUACAGUCUGCAAGUGAUAAGAAUUUUGAUGAUGAAGACUCUGUGGAUGGGAACAGGCCUCCUUCAGCCAGCUCUUCUACAUCUUCAAAGGCCCCUGCAAGCUCUCGAAGAAACAUUUCAAUGGGAACCACUCGCCGCCUUGGACCUGUUGCCCUGGGAUCUAAAUCUUCUGCUGCAAAAGAAGGAGCUGGUGCUGUUGAUGAGGAAGACUUCAUUAAAGCAUUUGAUGAUGUACCAGUAGUACAGAUUUAUUCCAGCCGAGAUCUUGAAGAAUCCAUAAAUAAAAUUAGGGAAAUCUUAUCUGAUGAUAAACAUGACUGGGAACAGAGAGUAACAGCUCUGAAAAAGAUUCGAUCAUUACUUUUGGCUGGAGCUGCUGAAUAUGAUAAUUUCUUUCAACAUUUGCGACUGUUGGAUGGAGCAUUUAAAUUAUCUGCUAAAGACCUGAGGUCUCAAGUUGUCCGGGAAGCUUGUAUUACACUGGGGCAUCUGUCGUCAGUUCUUGGAAACAAGUUUGAUCAUGGAGCUGAAGCCAUCAUGCCAACCAUCUUUAAUUUAAUCCCAAACAGUGCCAAAAUCAUGGCCACAUCUGGUGUUGUAGCUGUUAGGUUAAUUAUUCGACAUACACACAUCCCUAGGCUAAUACCUGUUAUCACUAGCAAUUGUACGUCCAAAUCUGUUGCAGUUAGAAGGCGCUGUUUUGAAUUUUUAGAUUUACUUUUACAAGAAUGGCAAACACAUUCACUAGAAAGACACAUAUCAGUAUUAGCAGAAACAAUAAAAAAGGGAAUACAUGAUGCUGAUUCUGAAGCAAGAAUAGAAGCAAGAAAAUGUUAUUGGGGUUUCCACAAUCACUUCAGUAGAGAAGCAGAACAUUUAUACCAUACCCUGGAGUCAUCUUACCAGAAAGCUCUGCAAUCACACCUGAAGAACUCAGACAGCAUUGUGUCCUUGCCUCAGUCAGAUCGUUCCUCUUCUAGUUCUCAAGAGAGCCUAAACCGUCCACUGUCUGCCAAAAGAAGCCCAACUGGAAGUUCCACAUCUCGAGCUUCUACAGUUAGUACCAAAUCUGUUUCCACAACUGGAUCCCUGCAGCGGUCUCGAAGUGACAUUGAUGUGAAUGCAGCAGCCAGUGCCAAAUCAAAAGUCUCAACUGCUGGCUCUACUCCUUUCAGUUCUGCAGCUGCCUUGCCUCCAGGAUCAUAUGCAUCAUUAGGCCGAAUACGCACACGACGGCAAAGCUCCGGGAGCGCAGUCAGUGUUACCAGCACUCCUGACAAUCGUGGUCGCAGCAGAGCGAAAGUGGUUUCACAGUCCCAGCGAUCCAGAUCUGCUAAUCCUGCUGGUGCUGGUAGCCGAUCAAGCUCCCCAGGAAAACUGUUGGGGAGUGCUUAUGGUGGACUUUCAGGAGGAUCUGCCAGAGGUACACCUGUGCCUACAUCCACAGAUAAACGAAGCAAGAUCCCACGGAGUCAGGGAUGUAGUCGAGAAACAAGUCCUAGCCGCUUGGGUGGACAAGCACGGAGCAGCCGUAUCCCUCGACCCAGCAUGAGUCAGGGGUGCAGCCGCGAUACCAGCCGUGAGAGCAGUCGAGAUACAAGCCCUGCUCGGGGCUUCCCUCCACUGGCCUCUCGACGUCAUUCCAGGUCCACUAGUGCUCUCUCCACUGCUGAAUCUGUUGGGCAGUCAGAUCGGUUUGGGCUUGGGCAGCCGGGAAGGAUGCCUGGUUCUGUCAAUACUAUGCGAGUUCUAAGUACAAGCACAGAUUUGGAAGCAGCUGUUGCUGAUGCCUUGAAAAAGCCAGUGAGGAGAAGAUAUGAACCAUAUGGAAUGUAUUCUGAUGAUGAUGCUAACAGUGAUGCAUCAAGUGUUUGCUCUGAGCGUUCUUAUGGCUCCAGAAAUGGUGGAAUUCCUCACUACCUGCGACAAACUGAAGAUGUAGCAGAGGUUCUAAACCACUGUGCUAGUUCCAACUGGUCUGAAAGAAAAGAAGGACUUCUUGGCCUACAGAACUUACUGAAGAGCCAAAGAACCCUAAGUCGAGUUGAAUUAAAAAGGCUAUGUGAGAUCUUCACUCGAAUGUUUGCUGACCCUCACAGCAAGAGAGUUUUCAGUAUGUUCUUGGAGACACUAGUGGACUUUAUAAUAAUUCAUAAGGAUGACUUGCAAGAUUGGCUUUUUGUUCUUCUGACACAGUUACUUAAGAAAAUGGGAGCAGAUUUACUUGGAUCUGUACAAGCAAAAGUUCAAAAGGCUCUAGAUGUAACAAGGGAUUCCUUUCCAUUUGAUCAGCAAUUUAACAUUUUGAUGAGAUUUAUUGUGGAUCAGACACAAACGCCAAACCUUAAGGUCAAGGUUGCAAUUCUGAAAUACAUUGAAUCUCUGGCCAGGCAGAUGGAUCCAACAGACUUUGUAAACUCUAGUGAAACCAGGCUUGCUGUUUCAAGAAUUAUAACCUGGACAACAGAACCAAAGAGUUCAGAUGUGAGAAAGGCAGCACAAAUUGUGCUGAUUUCUCUCUUUGAACUGAAUACUCCAGAGUUUACCAUGUUACUUGGUGCCUUGCCAAAAACAUUCCAGGAUGGUGCCACCAAACUCCUACACAACCACCUGAAAAAUAGCAGUAACACAAGUGUGGGCUCUCCAAGCAAUACCAUUGGCCGAACUCCUUCAAGACACACCAGUAGCAGGACUAGCCCCUUGACUUCACCUACCAACUGUUCCCAUGGUGGUCUGUCACCAAGUCGAUUCUGGGGUUGGAGUGCCGAUGGGUUGUCGAAACACCCACCUCCCCUUUCUCAGCCUAACUCCAUCCCCACAGCUCCUUCCCACAAGACUUUCAGGCGUUCUUACUCUCCCAGCAUGCUGGAUUAUGACACAGAGAACUUGAACUCAGAUGAAAUUUAUAGCUCUCUGCGUGGAGUAACAGAAGCCAUAGAAAAGUUUAGUUUCCGGAGCCAGGAGGAUCUGAAUGAGCCUAUUAAGCGGGAUGGCAAAAAAGACUGUGAUGUUGUUUCACGAGAUGGUGGGAUAGCUUCACCUGCCACCGAUAUUCGAGGAGGAAGUGAUGUGGUAGAAGGAGGAAGGACAGCUCUUGAUAACAAAACCUCACUACUCAACACCCAGCCUCCACGCGCCUUUACAGGGCCUCGAGCUCGAGACUACAACCCCUAUCCUUACUCUGAUACAAUCAGUACCUAUGACAAGACGGCUCUGAAAGAAGCUGUAUUUGAUGAUGACAUGGAUCAGCUUCGUGACGUACCCAUUGAUCAUUCCGAUUUGGUUGCUGAUCUUCUGAAAGAAUUAUCAAAUCACAAUGAACGGGUCGAAGAAAGGAAAGGAGCCUUAUUAGAAUUACUCAAGAUCACCCGAGAAGAUAACUUAGGAGUUUGGGAAGAACACUUCAAAACAAUUUUGCUCUUGCUGCUAGAAACACUUGGAGACAAAGAUCAUUCAAUACGGGCAUUGGCAUUGCGAGUGUUACGAGAAAUUCUAAGAAACCAACCGGCAAGAUUUAAAAACUAUGCUGAACUGACAAUCAUGAAAACACUGGAGGCACAUAAAGAUUCCCACAAAGAGGUUGUGAGAGCUGCGGAGGAAGCUGCUUCGACAUUGGCCAGUUCUAUACACCCUGAGCAGUGCAUCAAAGUGCUUUGCCCAAUCAUCCAGACUGCAGACUACCCCAUCAAUCUAGCUGCCAUUAAGAUGCAGACCAAAGUUAUCGAGAGGAUUUCCAAGGAGUCUUUGCACCAGCUCCUCCCUGAUAUCAUCCCAGGCUUGUUACAGGGAUAUGACAACACUGAAAGUAGUGUUCGUAAGGCCAGUGUGUUUUGCUUAGUGGCAAUUUAUUCUGUAAUAGGAGAAGAAUUGAAGCCUCACCUUGCACAGCUCACAGGGAGCAAGAUGAAGCUAUUAAACUUGUAUAUAAAGAGGGCCCAAACCACCAAUAGCAACAGCAGUUCAUCUUCAGAUGUUUCGACGCACAGUUAAUGGAAAUAUCUGGACCUAUUUGUGUAGACUUAGAAGCAAUCAGUGGUGCCUCUCUGAGACCUUUCUUCUUCCCUUUUCUUCAUUGGCACGCCCAAUCAGUACAAGGAGGCCACACAGAUAUUUAUUGCAAUCAGUAUUUUGGUCCUUUCAAGCUUUUGUGUAGAAUCUUUUUGGUAUUGAAUGUAAAGGAAGCAAGGCCUGUGUUGCAGUCUUCAUACAAAAGAAAAAAAACAACAGCCCUAACAUGUUUGUGCAGCCUGCUGAAAUCUUUAAAAAGGGGGGUUAGGUCACAGUGUUUUAAAAAUGAGCCCCUCUAGCAGAUUCUUGGUUUAAAGUAAAGCGAUUAAUUUGUUUUAAGUUAAGUUGAUACAGAUUUGGGGUUUUAGGAUCGUGUCAGUUUCUUCAUAAUAUUUUGUUUCGUUAUGGGUAUGACCCUUGGCUGGAUUCCGUGCCUUUCACAAAGGAAACAAUGAAAGUGGUGUGUUUAUUGUUGUUGUUUGAAACCUACCAAAAUGUGAAUUAUGUCUUAGAAAACAUUUAAAAUUAAAAACAGCCUUUUACCUUGUUACUACUAAAUGCCCCAAAGGUUUUCAUUUUCAGUCUUUGAACUAUAUGUAUA